AUGACCAACAGAAUGUGGGAGAUAGUAGACGUCCGCGAUGUGGCCGAUGCUCUGCUCCUGUUGUACGAGAAUGAUCAGUCAUCAGGGAGAUACAUUUGCUCGCCGAAUCGCGUUUGCACGAGGGAUUUGGUGGACCUGUUGAAGAAGAUGAUUACCGUUGUGGAUGCUGAUCAUGCAGGACCACCUUUAUCUAGUCAGAAGCUGAGGGAUAUGGGUUGGGAACCAAGGAAGCUGGAAUCGACGCUCUCAGACAGCGUCCAGUCAUAUGAAAAGGCAGGCCGUCUCCAGGAUGUACCUGGGAAUCCUUGCCGCUUCCCGUUUCUCAUUCGUGCGUGGCUGUAG